AUGCUACAAGCAAAAUAUCAAAAAUUAAAGAAAAAGAAAAAAGCUCUUCAAGCUUUAAAGGCUCCCAAACAAGAACCUGAAAAGCCCAUAUUACCUAAACGACCGACUGAGGCACGUGAUGCUCGAGAAAUAGCCCGAAAACUCAUUAAAAGUGGUGCUAUUCAAGCCAUAAAAAGUCCUCCGCGUCAGCCGCAAAAUGCUACCUUUAAACGUCCUCGUGCAGGGCGAGAACGAAAGUUGAGUGGUUCAGCUGGCACAACUGGAGGCAUUGCGUCAUAUCAACCGUUUAGCGCCUCCCAAGAGCCUCCCCCUCCUGAAGAAAAGCCUUCACCUCGUGUUAAAUACCUAUAUGAUUCAUUUGUCACAGCAAGAGAGAAAGAAGAUAAAGGAACACGCAAUCAAAGUGGGGGUGAUACACCUAAUCCCAAUGCAGUGAAGACCUGUAUGUUGCAAGUGACGGGUGGGAAUAUUACUGAAGAAGUGAUAAGGCGCCGUUUAACUUCAUUUGAACCUUUCACAUUUACAUUGGAAGAUGAAGAGAAGGCGUUAUUAACAUUCGAAACAUCUGAAAUGGCUUCUCACGCAUUAUCAGCAUUAGAAGACUCCGAAGAAAAUUGGCGCGUGACUUUAACUCGACGACCACCGCCUGGCUCGUGGACUCCAGCCGCAACUACACCGCGCAAUGCUCCACCACCUAAAGACUUGAAACGCUCGAUUGUUACUUACGAUGACAUGUUCGAA